AUGUAGACAUAAGACUAAGCUCUUGAUCCAUCUAAAGUUCAUUAUAAAACUUAUAAAGAUGAAAAUUAACUAUAAACAAUGAUGAAAAUGAUAGAAACAGAAUUAAGCGAACCAUAUUCAAUAUAUACAUAUCGUUAUUUUGUAAAUUAAUGGUAAGAUUUAUCAUUUUUGGCAUAUUACAAUGACGAAAUAAUAGGCGUUAUAAUCGGAAACUUAAACAAACAUCGUACAAGCUAAAGGAUGAGGGCUUACGUUGGUAUGGUAGUUGUAAAAAAAGAAUACAGAAGAUUAAAAAUAGGAAAGAAAUUAGCUGAAAUGUUUAUAGAAAAGAGUCGAAAAAUGGGGGCUGAAGAAAUUGUAUUAGAAACAGAAUAUUGUAAUAAAGCUGCUUUAAAGUUAUAUGAAAAUUUAGGAUUCGCAAGAGUAAAAAGAUUAAUGAAUUAUUAUUUAAAUGGAAAUGACGCUUUUCGUUUAAAAUUAUGGUUUACUGAUAAAGUUGGAUUUUUAGAAAUGUUAAAAGAAUAAUAAUAACAAUAAGAAUAAAAUAAUAAUGUGACUAAUGAUAAUUGA